CUCCAAAGUUUACGAUCAACAUUUUACACUAAGCCCAAACUCUGCCAUAAUUAGGUCACAUUCUUUCUUAACUAUCUGUCCUCAUGAUGACCCUCAGGUUCUCGAUAAGUCCACAAUAUGGGCCAUAUCUUGCACAAAGCAAAGUGAUAGCUAAUUCCCUGCCUGUAGUCUUUGCUCCUUUAAUCCCUAUUUACCUGUAGGUAGCGUUUUGGAAUAUUAUGAAGUAUACAGACUGACCCAUACACUUGCGCAGUAAGGAAGAUGUAUGAUUUGGUAGUCGAUAAUCUAGAAACCAAAGUGACCCUCAAUGAAGGACAAUUAACAUUUCAGUCGAAUGGAAGUUUAGUCACAAAAUAUGGGUUCGGUGAUAUCAUUGGAUAUGAAGAGAUAGUGAUAGGAUGGUUUUGGAGGACUGAGAUAACUCGAUUGUGGCUAAUCGAACAUGGUUCAUCAAACCAAUUGCUAAAGAAGUGCAAGGUGAUUUCUGGGGAACAACGGAAACCUUUCCAGCAUGAUUUAACAGAAAAGAGAAAAGAAUCAAAACAUCCCAAAAGAGUGUUGGUGUUGAUCAACUCUAUUAGCGGUAAUGGUACUGCCAGGAAAGAUUUCACAGAUAUCGUGGAUCCACUUUUCAUACUGUCCGGUAUUUCCAUGGAUAUAAUCUUCUCGGAGCGUUCUGGACACUUUACUGAUGUUGUGAAAACCUAUGAUUUUACGAACACUGAUGGGAUUGUAGUACUUGGAGGUGACGGGUCAUAUCAUGAAGUGGUCAACGUGUUGAUGAGAAAGAGACAGGAAGAAAAAGGCGUUGAUAUAAAUGACCAUAAUUCAUCACUCUCCCACUUGAAUAUUCCAAUAGCCAUGAUACCAUGUGGAUCUAGAAAUGUUGUGGCAGAAAAUAACACAGGCAGCAAGGAUGUUUUAACGGCUGCUCUUCAUGUCGUUCAAGGGAGAAUAGUUUCUUCACAUCUGAUGGGUCUCUACAGUAAAGGUAAACUUGUUGGGUUUGCUGGUGCAGCCUCUACGUAUGGGUUCAUUACGGAUCUUGUAUUUCACUGCGAUAGAAAGUUCCGUUGGCUGGGACGAUCUCGAUACCGUUAUGUUUCGCUGUGGAUGCUUCGUUUCAAAUCUCAUAGAGAACGCGUUUUCGAUGCUAAAGUCACAUUUCACUCAUCAGUCACCGAGCGACGUAACACUGAGACCAACGAGACAGAGAUCUUUGUUGCUGAUAGAAAGCUAACUGGAUACACUUCUUAUACUUCUGAUACAGUGGUCUUCAACCGGAAGUUCUGGAAUAUGAUGACUCUCAACGGCAACGUCAUAUUUGAUGGUAAUGUCGUGAUUGACGAUGCCAAAAUGUUUGUUAUCAAACCAACAAUGUGUUCGUCUUUUAUCUUCUAUGACAGUGUGUCUGUCGCAUCUGUAUUCAAGUUUUUCAAGCACAUCCGUGAAAGGACACCAAUGGAAUUGUCAAGAAAUGAGAUGGAGGUGUUAACUGCCAAAGGAAUCACAGUAGAACUGACACACGGUUUGGACGAAGAGAACCCGGAAAAGAUGAUGUUAAAGCGACUUAUUCUGCUGGACGGGGAGAUGUUCGAACUGGAGGCCCCAUCAUUUCAAUUAUGGUACAAGCUGAACGUCGUACAGAUCUUUUCAAGCUACCUGUGAUACUGUUACACUUACGCAGCCUUUGUUCGCAAAAUGAAGUAGAAGUUUGUCUAUGGAAGUGUUUCUCGGUUUUACGAGCACAUUUAUUUUCUAUUUGCUUAAGAUGUCCACGUUUUCAUGUUUAUAUUUCGUAUGCCCUAUCUUUGGACACAUACAUACUUUUUUUAUAUUUUGAAUGCAGAAUUAUGUAUACAAUUUUCUUUUAUAUAUUUCGUAUUUGUAACUUUUGUUCUAUAUUGCAUGUUACGUUGUGAAUAUUGUAUAUUAAAAAGGUGAAUAUUUUAAAUGAAA